AUUUCACAAAGCAACUUUAAGCUCAAACCAGCAGUUUAUGAUACAAGGAAAGAGACAUGAAAUCUUUAACUACUUCUCUCUUCUGUCUCCUACUCUGUAUCAAUCUCCUGCCCAACUUCACUGCUUCCCAAAUCCUUUUUCAGGGGUUCAAUUGGGAAUCAUGGAAGACGGAAGGAGGAUGGUACAACUCUUUAAGGAAGUCCAUACCUGAACUAGCUUCUUCUGGAAUUACACAUGUUUGGCUUCCUCCACCUUCUCAGGCUGCUUCAUCUGAAGGAUACUUGCCUGGAAGGCUCUAUGAUCUCAGUGCAUCAAAAUAUGGAAGCCAAGAUGAACUGAAGUCGUUGAUAAGCGCCUUCCACGAUAGUGGGAUACAGACUGUGGCAGAUAUAGUUAUAAACCACAGAACUGCAGAGAAACAAGAUGAGAGAGGAAUAUGGUGCAUCUUUGAAGGAGGAACUCCAGAUGAUCGCCUUGAUUGGGGCCCGUCUCUUAUUUGCAGCGACGACACACAAUAUUCUAAUGGCAAGGGGAAUCCUGACACUGGAGCCGGCUACGAUGCUGCUCCUGAUAUUGACCACAAAAACACAAGAGUGCAGAAAGAGCUCUCGGAUUGGAUGAAUUGGCUAAAGACUGAAAUUGGGUUCAGUGGGUGGAGACUUGAUUUUGUCAAGGGAUAUUCUCCAGCAAUUACCAAGUUGUAUGUGACAAACACAAGUCCAAAUUUCGCAGUAGGGGAACUUUGGAAUUCCCUUGCUUAUGGAAGUGAUGGAAAACCAGAGUACAAUCAGGAUGCCCAUCGUCAAGAGCUUGCAGGAUGGGUAGAGGGUGCUGGAGGAGAUGUUACAGCAUUUGAUUUUACCACUAAAGGGAUACUUCAACAGGCAGUCCAAGGGGAACUGUCGCGGCUGAAGGACCCGAAUGGAAAGGCUCCAGGAAUGAUUGGUUUGUUGCCAGGAAAGAGUGUAACUUUCAUAGACAAUCAUGAUACAGGUUCCACACAACAAAAGUGGCCAUUUCCAUCAGAUAAAGUCAUGCAGGGAUAUGCCUAUAUUCUCACUCACCCGGGAAUUCCCUCAAUUUUUUAUGACCACUUCUUUGACAAGGGCUUGAAAGAGGAGAUCACUAAACUCAUUGCAAUCAGAUCCCGGAACGGAAUCAAACCCGACAGUACCUUGCGUAUUCUAGCAUCUGAUGCAGAUCUCUACGUAGCUGCCAUAGAUGAGAAAAUCAUAGCAAAGAUUGGUUCAAGGUACGACGUUGGGAACCUUGUACCUCCAACCUACCAAAUUGCAACUUCUGGAAAGGAUUACGCCGUGUGGGAGAAAAAAGCCUGAGGUCCUGAAUAUCAUCUGUGGAAUGAAGUGACUAGAAAUUUUUGUAUUGCAAGUGUUGUAUUCUAUGCUUAUUUAUCAAGGAAUAAAGCAAAUAGUAGCCCUCUACUAAAAAUAAAA